ACCGGUCGCCGGGGCCAAAGAUGUCGCAGACUAAGAAGAGAAGGUUAGAGUCGGAGGACGGCGGAGGAGCCGAGGAGGGCGAAGAGGACCGCGGCGGGGAGGGCGAGUCGGGGGUGGUGCCGGCGGCGCCGCGCCGGACGAAACGUGAGCGCGACCAGCUGUACUACGAGUGUUACUCGGACGUGUCGGUGCACGAGGAGAUGCUGGCCGACCGCGUCCGCACCGAGGCCUACCGCCUGGGCAUCCUGCGCAACUGGGCCUGGCUGCGGGGCAAGGCGGUGCUGGACGUGGGCGCGGGCACCGGCAUCCUCAGCGUCUUCUGCGCGCAGGCCGGCGCGCGGCGCGUCUACGCCGUGGAGGCCAGCUCCAUCUGGCAGCAGGCCCGGGAGGUGGUGCGGCUCAACGGGCUGGAGGAGCGGGUGCACGUCCUGCCGGGCCCCGUGGAGACGGUGGAGCUGCCCGAGCAGGUGGACGCCAUCGUGAGCGAGUGGAUGGGUUACGGACUGCUGCACGAGUCCAUGCUGAGCUCGGUGCUGCACGCGCGGACCAAGUGGCUGAAGGAGGGAGGCCUGCUGCUGCCGGCUUCCGCCGAGCUCUUCGUCGCGCCCGUCAGCGACCAGAUGCUGGAACUGCGCCUGGGUUUCUGGAGCCAGGUGAAGCAGUACUACGGCGUGGACAUGAGCUGCCUGGAGGGCUUCGCCACGCGCUGUCUGAUGGGUCACGCGGAGAUCGUGGUGCACGGCCUGUCCGGCGAGGACGUGCUGGCCCGGCCCGAACGCUUUGCCCAGCUGGAGCUCGCCCGCGCCGGCCUGGAGCAGGAGCUGGAGGCCGGGAUCGGGGGACGCUUCCGCUUCAGCUGCUACGGCUCGGCGCCCCUGCACGGGUUCGCCAUCUGGUUCCAGGUGACCUUCCCCGGGGGGGACUCGGAGAAACCCCUGGUGCUGUCCACCUCGCCUUUUCACCCGGCCACGCACUGGAAACAGGCGCUGCUCUACCUGGACGAGCCCGUGCCGGUGGAGCAAGACACGGACAUUUCCGGAGAGCUCACCCUGCUGCCCUCCCGGGACAACCCCCGUCGCCUGCGCGUGCUGCUGCGCUACAAAGUGGGAGAGCAGGAGGAAAAGACCAAAGACUUUGCCAUGGAGGACUGAGCCUUGUCUCCCAGCCGGCCCGGCCUGCUUGCCGCUGAGAGGCUGGGGUGGUCAGAAGAGAAAGGGACAUCCCUUGUGCAAGUAUUGGCUGCCGGGAUCAGGAAUGCUGUACAUGAAGAGUAAUGUACGGCAGUGAUCACUAGAAGAUCCAAAGGAAAGCCAAGGCCUUUCAGAUGCGGAUGCUUCCAAAAACAUGAAAGUGCUUCCUCCGAGGAGAACAAAGAACAAAAGACAGAAGAUGGAUAAAAGGAAAUCAUUUCUGCUCCUGAGUGCUUUACAGGCAUUCGUGCAAUUAUGUGACUGACAUAUAGUAGGGAAAAUCCUUCUAUUCUGCAAAUUUUUUCAUUUAAAAAUAACAACUGAAGAGAAACGAGUUAAAUUUGCAACUUAAAAAUACUAAAAGAAUAAUUACAAUAAAAAUAGUUUAUCAGAGAAAAAAUGCUAAUAUAGAGAUGACUUAAUAGGAAAAAAGACUUUUGAACAAAAUGGAAUUCACAGAGAGGGGCAGAAGGCUUAAAUACACCUGUAUUAUACUGGAUGUGAAUGCAAACAAUGAUCUUGAUUGUCAUACAUCCCUCUGCUCUGCUGUACUCCACUGCAUGGGCCUACUUCCUGCUUAGUGGUGUUACCUGAUGGUGCUAAACAUUCUUGAUGGAAAUGAACACAGGUAAGUCACCCACUAUAGACUGACAUCUCAUUGAAUUAUAGCAGAAAGGUUUAUUAUUUGUUCAGUAUCCAGAAACUUAAAAAUUCCACUGGGAUAAUGGAUCUUUUCAGCACAAACUUUCUUGGCGGGGGUUAGAAUGGAGAGUUACAGGUGGUUAUGCCUACACUUGAGUUUGAAUACUUCAUUAUUUUGGUCACCAGAAAAGUGAAAAGGAAGGGUGCAAUAGGAAUUCUCCCUUGUUUAGAAGGAAAAUAGUUGAAUAUCACUGAGUAUAGGAAGUAGUUGGAUGGGGAUUGGAGAUAAUAACUCCUUUUACCAGUCACAGGACAAAAUAAAACAAACCUGAAAUUGCCCAAGUGUGUUGAGUCAUGCUUAUAAUAACCUUAGCACUUAGAAAGUAGAAGCAGGAGAAUAGAUUGUGAGUUCAAAGUCAGUCUGGGCGUCUCCAAAUAAAGUUAAAGAACCACAUAAAGGAUAUAUUUUUCUUAAAUAUGGGCUUAUGAAACAGUAGUAUUUUGAUUGAUGAUAAAUUACUGCUUAUUUUGAUAUUUGUCAAUUUCAGUGGUCUCAUACUCAUCUCCUUUUCUGAAGCAGAUUCUUAGUAGGUCAGGCUGGCCUUGAAGUUGAUAUUCCAGUUUUCAUUUCAGUUUAUAGAUUGCAGAGAACCCAUGUCCAGUCUCCUCAAAUUUGUAAACACAACAUUUCAAUCCCAAGUAUUUAAAGCUGUGUGCUUUUAGUAAUGGAGGUGUAAAAAAAUGCAGUAUUGCUGUUACUAAAACUAUAUCAUAAAAUUAUUAUAAAAACAAAAUGCAGAGUUUUGACUUUAAGGCCCACACAUAAUGAACAGGGUUAAGAUCCACAAAUGGUUAAAAUAUUAGACAUUUAUUAUGCAUUCAUUAAAAUCUGACUUCUCACUAGAAAAGUAUGAAAAUAGCAAACUGCUUAUUUAAUGUGAACUUCUAACUCUACCAUUGUUUAUCAUGUACUGAAAUUAUAAAAGUUAGAAACACUUAAAUGGUUAAGAAUGUGCAGUUAAUGGACUAAAAAAGAGAGGAUUCGGAAAAUCCAAGGAUUAAAUAUACAGCUCUUGAAUAAUUGAAAAUUUUCUGUAGUUACAAUAAUUAGAGGAAAACAUGGAGAGAAUGACAGUAAUUACAUCAGAGAUUUAAAUGCAAAAUGAAAUUAGAAACCACAGGAAACGUGCUGUUUAUAAUCAACACAAUUAGAUACCAGCUAGUUCUUCUUGAACUCUCAACCAAGGGGAGUCCAGACAUCAUUACAACAUAGGCUCAUAUAUAAAUUAAUUUCAUGAUAAAGGAUUCAGAAAAAUACUAUGGUACAGCUUCACAAUGGUAAGUCCCAUAGCAAUAGGAAAUAGAAUGGUUAAAUCAGUCUAAACAAUGAAAGUGAAACCAGACCAGAAAGGAUGUAAUCACUUUACCAAUAGUCUCAUAAAAUAGUAAUUUAAAAUAAUAUAGUCAGUGAUUAACUAUGUGCAAUGACUUGUUAAUGGUUUGUAAGUUUUCACCUUUUGUUGCAUCAUAUCAGAUUAAUUUUAUACCAAAGAAUAAUGCAUUCAGUGUGAUAAUACUGUGAAAAUUGCAUGCUUUGAAUCUUCACAACAGUGUUUUAAUGUGGCCUGAUAUUCCUGAGCAUUCAGAAUGGUUUUAAUACUGCAGUGCUUUAUUCAUCAACAUGUGUGUAGCCCCAUUAAAAUUAUUCAUAUGUUAACUUUGCUUACUUCCCAUGAGGCAUACAAAAUAAAUCACAUUCUAUGCUGGUAACUCUCAUCCUAAGGAAAACUCCACAUUUAUCAUAACAUUAUAUUUAACGGAAAAGCCUCUUUCUUCAGACAGGUCAUGGCCUGUGUACAGAUAAACAGUCAUCACACUUAAAUAAAGCAUCCUUGUUAAAUCCUUGUUAAAUUGAGUGGCUAAUGUGUGUUAGGUGCAUGUUUCUUUGUGUAUAUACUGGUGUCAGGGCUCCAUGUUCUUUCUCAUUUUCCACUCAAGGUUGGCAUCCUACCAC